AUGCCGCGAAAAUAUAUAAGAAAAUCUGAUAGAAGCAGAUAUGAUUAUGAUAAAUUAACUGAGGCUGUCAAUGCAGUAAAAAAUGGAACGAUAUCUGCAUACGCCGCAUCAAAACAAUAUAAUAUCCCAAGAACAACAAUUGUCAACCGUGUAUACGACCGCAAAGGUUUAAAAUCCAAAACUUUAGGUAGGUGUACUGCAUUACCCAGGGAUGUGGAAGAAACGCUUGCGGAAAAUCUCCACGUAAUGGAAAAAUCAGGGUUUGGGUUAACGCGCAAGGAAGUGAUUGAAUUGGUUGGCCAAUACGUGGUUAAGAAUAAUAUUAAAACCCCGUUUAAAGAUGGAAUCCCUGGUGAGGACUGGUUUAUUGCUUUUAAAAAUAGACAUGGCCUUUCUGUUAAAAAACCUCAGGCCGUUGAACACGCGCGUAGAACUGCAUGCAGACCUGCCGUGAUCUACGGUUACUUUGAUUUAUUAGAGAAAACUAUUAAUGAACUGGGCUUACGUGAUAAACCAUCACAUAUUUGGAAUCUCGACGAGACCAGCUUCAGUAAGGACCCGAAUAAAUCAAAUGUUGUUGGUCGUCGAGGCUAUACGUCUACAAGAACCAUCGCCUCUCCAGGGAAAACGAAUACAACUGUGCUUUUAGCAUGCAAUGCCGCUGGUGACAAAGCUCCGCCGCUAAUUAUAUACACAGGAAAAAAUAUCUGGAACGAAUGGGUUUCUCAAGAUGGGUUUCCUGGAACCGUUUAUGCUGCGACUGAAAAAGGUUGGAUGGAGGCGACAGUAUUCGAAAAUUUUUUCGAAAAAGUUUUUUUGCCUACCGUUGAAAAUAAACGCCCUAUUCUCUUGCUUUAUGAUGGUCAUUCCACUCAUGUGGGAAUUAAUAUAAUACAAAAGGCACGAGAAAAUAACGUAACGAUUUUAAAAAUCCCACCUCAUACGAGUCAUCUAUUGCAGCCUCUGGAUCUAGCGGUGAAUAAAUCGUUCAAAGACAAAUGGGACAUAGCGUUGGUCAAAUGGCAAAGACUGAACGUCGGUAAGGUUUUACCCAAAAAAGAGUUUUCAACGAUUCUUGGCCAAGUGUGGACGCAGAUAGAUUCCGAAGUAUGUAAAGCAGGCUUCCGUAAAGCAGGGAUAUACCCAAUAAAUAAAUAUGUCAUAGCUGAACACAAGUUUGACCCAGUUCAGUUAGCAGAAUGGAAGAAUGCGAAACAGCUAGAAAAAUCACAAAAUCAACUUGUUAAACAAAUAUCCCCCAAAAAAUUGAGUGAAAUCGCACUGACUGUUGUAAAUGAAAUAUAUAUAAUACAGCAGGAAGUUCCUCAGUGUGAUUCAAUAGAAGCGUCACCAAAUUACGUUUUACACAGCGAAGAAAAAGCUGUUCCAUUGCAAAAUAUUGAAAAUGUUCAACAGGGUCCUAAAGUCCAAAUUCUUGACAAUCAGCGUGUAUAUACCAAUAUCACAUUUGAAGAGUUGCUUCUGAAAAUGAUUAAGCCUGGAAAACCAUCUUUGACAACCAAAAGAACAAAAAUAGCAACAGGCGCAGAGGUCAUCACUCAUGAUCAUGUGUUCGAAAGAUAUCAAAAAAUGGAAGCAGAAAAAAAAGAAAAGUUGAAAAAGCAAGAAGAAAAGAAAACAAGUAAAGAAAAAAAUAAAUCAACGGAAAAAAGAGCGAGCACAAAUAAUAAGACUGGAGCAGAAAAAAAUAACGAGGCGAAAAGGUGUGAGAACGGGGGUAAUUAUAAGCAGACUGAUAUACAGGUUUCUCGAGUGGAUAUGUCAUUACCAGGUCCAUCAGGUCUUAACAAAAAGAGGAAAAUUAAAAGUGAGUUAAAAAAGAGUAAAACCAUAAAUUCUACAAAAAAAAUAGUUCGACGAAAUAAAAAACUUAGAAAAAUAUCAUCAUCCUCAUCUACCAGCAUAUCUGAUUGCAUGAGCGUGCAUGAGGAUUCUGAUAUUAUAGACGUGACCGAUGAAGAAUAUGAUAUAACAAGAGAUUUAUACACCAACGAAUUUAUACAAAAUUAUGAACCCUGUAAUGAAGAAGAAGAUAAAAUGUUUAGCAUAGACAAGAAAAGCAAUGUGGUGAAGAAAUUUGGUGAGAAUCCGGACAAGCAAAGCAAGGAGACAGUGAAUUUGACUGAGGAAUCAGAUGAAACUAAUAUGGUAGCAGGAGAAUUUAAUGGCGAAUUGGAUGGGCUGACAGAAGUGGAAAAGGAAGAGCAUUGUGCAUUUAAUGACCAAGCGGUUACUGAGGGGAACAAGGUGAUACAUGAAAUCAGUGGGAUAUCGGAUGAGAGAAACGAUAUUGUUGAAAAAGUUUGUGAUAGUUCGAAUGAGAGAAAUCAGGCGGCAAAAGAAGUUAGUGAGAGAUCGCAUCAAAGUAACAACAAUACAACAGCAAAAGAAGGAAAUGAGAAAUGGGAUGUGAAGAAAAAUAUAGAAGAGAAAGAGAAUUAUAAAAUAAAUGACAAUGUCUUGAUUCGAUACUUUAUCAGGAAAAAGUGGGUGUAUUAUGUAGGUUACAUAGAAAAUAUACUUUCUGGAAGCGAUACUAGUUAUAAUAUAAACUUUUACAAAACUUACAAAAAGCCUCUGAAAUUUAAACUCGCUAAACAAGUAGAUCGUGAUACCGUUUUAGAAUAUUCUAUAGUCAAGAAAGUUCACCUGCAUAGACUAAUAUAUAAUACUGGAGAUAGACUGGCAACUGAAGUUUUCAUAUUUAGUUACCGUUCAGCGCCCUCUGAACGCGAAGCAAUGAACUAA